AAGGAGAUGGUGAGCAACAAGAAUGGGACGAACACGCUCUCCUUCAUCUUCGACAAGGCGUCAUCGUCGCCGCCGACUCCCGAGCCAGCAUGGGCGGGUACACAUGGUUCGGUCUUGGUACUAUGUUGAUAAGCGAGGGUGCAAGGCUCAAGGGAAGCCGGUUCUCCAACUCUCUGUAUGCUUAUUGUAUGCUCAUGGUAUCUUGGAUGAGGGUUACAAAUUCAACGUGUCAGUUGCAGUUGAGGAAGUUGAGGAAGCUGCUGAGUUAGCAUGGCGGGCGCGGGCUUUUAUCACGCAACCUUUCGUGAUGGAGCCAGUGGUUGUAUUCAUAUUGGUUAUUUGUCUUGGAUUGGCACAUCCCUGUAGACCAACUGAAGGACCAUGGCUGAAGGAGGUGGAAAAAAAUUUGGUAGAAAUUACCUCACAUGGACAGAUGAAAUGGACACUACACUACUCGAGGUCCUUGUUGAGCAUCACAACAAUGGCGAUCAUGCCCAGAAUGGAUGGAAGUCCCAUGUCUACAGUGCUGUUAUAGGUAAUGUGCGUGAGAAGUGCUCUGUGACCAUCACAAAGGAAAACAUCAGUUCAAGGUGCAAAACCUUUGAAAAGCACUACGAGGCCAUUAGCAAGAUGCUAUCUCAAAGUGGAUUUGGGUGGGAUUGGG